GAUUGUGGAGUCUGACUGAUCCCCGCACCUCCACGGCUUCCUUCUUCCCCCUUUCCCCAGAGUCUGUCUCCGCCGCUGAAUGGACUGUGUUUGACAUCUUCACCGAGAGGAAUACUACCUAUCUACCGGGGGGUGAGGUGCUGGUGGAGGGGGGGAGGUCUUCAGAGGCAGACAGGUGGAUUUAUCCGUGUGGUGGUGUGUGUUUUUUGGGGGAGACUGGAUGGAGGAAAAAUUGAUGGAUUAAUUUGACGGAGGAGAGUCGUAUGUGAUUCCCACUCCUGCCGAGGGCACCCGAAUGGAGUAACAGGCUGCAAUGUCAUCUCCACCUGGCCGCCUGGAGAGAUGUGUCACGGGAAUGGGAUCAAGUUUGAACACUUUUCCUCUGGUUUCACUGACGCUGUGAGAAGGAACCAAAAUGCCAGUAAGCGGACAGGUCACGGUGGCUGCCUGCACGGGCCCUCAGACCACGGCAGUAAAACUCAACAUUCAUCGCACGGACUCCGAAGAAGAAGGCGCAAAAGCUCCGCGACCGCAAACCUGCAGCAGCCACGCUUUGUGACACCGAAGGGUAUGAUGGGUGUAGUGGGCUGGAUGUUGCUCCUACUCUCCCAGAUGAUGGUGCCUGUGGCGUCCCAGAAGCCUCCAGGUCUCAGUGUGGGUGUGAUCAUGGGCCAGACGCGCCACAUUUCUGAUCAGGAGCUCCGCCCACCUCGGCGCCCUGAUGAUGCCCUUGACGUCUCUGUGGUGAUACUGAGGGUCAACCAGACAGACCCUAAGUCUGUGAUUACACAGGUGUGUGAGCUUCUGUCUCGCACUCGUCUCCAUGGCCUUGUGUUUGCCGAUGGCACCGAUCAGGAGGCCAUUGCCCAGAUCCUUGACUUCCUCUCCGUUCAGACGCAACUUCCAGUCCUGGGAGUCCACGGAGGCUCCUCUAUGAUUAUGGCUGACAAGGAUGAGAAGUCCACGUUCUUCCAGUUCGGCGCGGCUCUGCAGCAGGAGGCUCUGCUCAUGCUUGCCAUCAUGGAGGAGUAUGACUGGCAUGUUUUUUCUAUUGUCACUUCCAAGUUCCCCGGGUACCAGGAUUUCAUCAGCACACUGAAGACAACUGUGGAUCACAGCUUUGUGCGCUGGGACCUGCAGAGUGUGGUGACUCUAGAUGCUGUAGAUGGCGACCCAAACUCUAAAUCACACAUUGCCCUCAAGAGAAUCCAGAGUCCCGUUAUACUGCUGUACUGCUCCAAGGAUGAGGCUCUGUAUAUACUCGAAGAGGCUCGAUCCUUGGGCCUGAUAGGAGCUGGUUACAUUUGGAUUGUGUCCAGUCUCACCACUGGGAACCCAGACUUUACCCCCGAGAUGUUCCCUCUGGGUAUGAUCUCCGUGUCCUAUGACGACUGGGAGUACCCGCUAGACACGAGGGUGAGGGAUGGGGUGGGCAUCAUUUCCUCUGCAGCCACCUCCAUGCUGCGGGAGAAGGGGGAGCUGCCAGAGGCCCAGAGCAGCUGCUACAGCACAGCGUCAGACAGGAGCCCGGGGAAGCUCCCACCUAGCGCCCUGCGCAGACACAUGAUGCAUGUAUGGAAUGAAGGGCGCGACUUAUCCUUUACUCCAGAUGGUUACCAGGCCAACCCCAAAUUGGUUGUCAUUGUCCUGAAUAGUGAAAGGAAGUGGGAGAAGAUGGGCCGUUGGGAGAACGGGACGCUGGGGUUGAUGUUUCCAGUGUGGCCGAGGUAUAACUCUUACGGGGAUGAGGAUGCAGAUGAAAACCAUCUCUCAAUCGUCACCCUGGAGGAGAAACCUUUUGUCAUUGUUGACAAUGUGGACAUCCUCACCGGCACCUGCAUGAGAAACUCUGUGCCCUGCCGCAAGCAUGUCAAAGAUAACACCACAUCAGGAGGUUCUUACAUCAAGCAGUGUUGCAAAGGUUUCUGCAUUGACAUUCUGAAGAAGAUAGCAAGGAACGUCAAGUUCACUUAUGACCUCUACCUGGUCACAAAUGGAAAACAUGGCAAGAAGAUCAACAAUGUGUGGAACGGCAUGGUUGGAGAGGUGGUGUACAAGAAGGCAGUGAUGGCGGUCGGCUCAUUGACCAUCAAUGAGGAGAGGUCAGAGGUCAUUGACUUCUCUGUGCCCUUUGUGGAAACUGGCAUCAGCGUCAUGGUGUCACGUAGCAACGGGACCGUCUCUCCUUCUGCCUUCCUCGAGCCCUUCAGUGCAUCAGUUUGGGUGAUGAUGUUUGUGAUGCUGCUCAUUGUCACAGCCAUCGCCGUCUUCCUCUUUGAGUUUGUCAGUCCGCUGGGCUUCAACCGCAACUUGGCCCAAGGCAAAGAACCACAUGGUCCAUCAUUCACCAUCGGUAAGGCCAUAUGGCUGCUGUGGGGUCUGGUGUUCAACAACUCUGUACCCGUGCAGAAUCCAAAGGGCACCACCAGUAAGUUCAUCGUAUCAGUGUGGGCCUUCUUCGCCGUCAUCUUCCUGGCCUCCUACACUGCCAACCUGGCUGCCUUCAUGAUCCAGGAAGAGUUUGUGGACCAAGUCACUGGACUGUCUGACAAGAAGUUCCAGAGUCCGUACUCCUAUUCCCCUCCGUUUCGCUUCGGGACGGUUCCCAACGGCAGCACCGAACGCAACAUCAGGAAGAACUAUCCAGAUAUGCAUCAGUACAUGACCAAAUACCAUCAGACUGGCGUCCAGGAUGCGCUGGUCAGCCUCAAGACUGGAAAGCUGGACGCUUUUAUUUAUGACGCUGCUGUGCUGAACUACAUGGCGGGUAGAGACGACGGCUGUAAGCUGGUUACCAUCGGCAGCGGUUACAUCUUUGCCACCACAGGUUACGGUAUCGCCUUGCAGAAGGGAUCCUACUGGAAACGCCUGGUUGAUCUGGCCAUACUGGGCAUCAUAGGAGAUGGUGAGAUGGAGGAGCUGGAGGCCCAGUGGCUGACUGGGAUCUGCCACAACGAGAAGAACGAGGUGAUGUCCAGUCAGCUGGACAUAGACAAUAUGGCCGGUGUCUUCUACAUGCUGGCCACAGCCAUGGGACUCAGUAUCCUCACCUUCAUCUCUGAACACCUUUUCUACUGGAGGUUGAGAUACUGCUUCACCGGUGUCUGCACUGGGAGGCCGGGUCUGCUCUUCACCAUCAGCAGGGGUAUAUGGAGCUGUAUCCAUGGUGUUCAUAUAGAUAUGAAGAAAAAGAAUCCUGAGCUAGACUUUAGUCCUCAAGCCAACAUGCUGCAUCUACUCAAGUCUGCCAAGUCCAUGGCUUUGUCUUCUCCCAAACGCAACACUGUUCUUCUGCAGCCCAGCAUCCUCGAUGUAAUGACAGGAAAAGGUAACUCACUCCAUAGUCUGCCCCCGAAGGGUCCUGGUCUCUAUAGCAACGCCGCUGGUCCGCACAGUUUCUUGUCAUUGUCCGGGCGACACAAAAACCUCCUUAACAAUGCUGCACCAUUUCCCGUGCAACCAAAAGCCCCCCCUCUUCAGACCAGCCCCAACAAGCCCCAGCUGUCAAUCACCAAUGACAACGGCAAGACCCGCCUCGCCGGGCCGGCCCUCGCUGCUGUUCCUCAGGGCUCGAAACCUCGAGCCCUUUGGAAGAAAAGUGUGGAGACGUUGAAGACCCAGCCUUCUGUCGUAUCACCAGGCCCCAGCCCCACCCCAGCAUCUGGACCUGGACCUCCAACCAUGAAGAGUCAGCGCUACCUGCCCGAAGAGCCGCCACACUCUGACAUCUCAGAGUGCUCCAGCCGUCCACCAUCACACAAAGAUUCUGAUUCCAUGGCGGCGAGGGGCGGAUUCAAGCCAAUCAAUCAGCUGAGGAAGAGGGGAGGGGGAGGAGGAGGAGGUGGAGGAGGGGGAGGAGGAGGUGGGGGUGGAGGGUCCAAGAUCUACUCCAUUGACUCAGACCAGGCCAGUCUCCAGUCCGCUCCCCCCUACCAGCGAGACAGCCAGGGGGGAGGUGAGGACAUCAACUACCCCCCUGACCUGUUUCCACCCAACAGCACAUACUCACACACUCACACACUCUCGCACCAAGCGGACGCACCCAUUUUGCAGCUGAGUGCCAGCCUGCUGCACCACAGUCACAGCGCAGAGGCCGACCUGCACUCUCUGAAGGACAAGAAAUACAGCACCUACACACACAGCAGUGUGAAGGACAAAGCUGGAGGAUCGUUCGAUGCUCCAGGUGCAGGACAGGGGACACAAAGCGCCAGGGCCAGCCACUGUCGCUCCUGCCUGACUAAGCUGAGUGGUUACUCUGGCCUUUACACUGUCCGGACGCCACAGGCUCGCUGCGAUGCCUGCGCCCACCUGGGAAACCUGUACGACAUCAGCGAAGACCACCUGCACUCACACUACGCCCACACACACACUCAUCCAAACAGCGGGGACAUGUUUACACACUACCUUCCCCAGAGCGAGCUGGGCAUGGUGGGCGAAGGGGACGGGCUAGUCAGCCACUUCGAGCCCUCCCCUUCCUCUCCAUCUCCUCUCCCCACCCCCUCGUCGGCCCAGCACCUUCAGCUGAGUCGUCAGCACUCCUACGAGAACGUGCUUCCGGACGGCGUUCCUGAGCGGCAGACACAGCUGCACGCCCACCUGCGGGGGCUGAGCCUGCCAGACAGAGAUAGGGAUAGGGAGCUGACCCUGGACGAGGGCGCCUAUGCUAAUGUUCUCACAAUGCGCUCUGAUCGUCCAUUCAGCAGCCGCAGCCCCCCCUCUCCGUCACCCUCCCACCACCACAGUCUGGACGCCCCUAUGCCCCUCCCCCGGCGCUCGAAGAGUCUCUUCCCCGAUCGCCCGUCUCACAAUCCUUUCCUCCAAUCAGCUCCUGGCACGGCACAACGAGAUCCCUCCCCUCAGUCUGUCACACGCAUGCCACAGAGAAGUUCUGCCCACGAGCUCUAUAAGCAGCGAAUGCCGCUGUCGCUUACCCUCGGUAACCAUGGCAGCCAUCACAACAACCAGCAUGGCGGCCUUGUCGACCAACAGGUGUUCUACCCUCAGCAGGAGCCCCCUGUGGUGGCCUACAUGGUCCCACCUGCCGCCUCUCAGCCAAUGAGCUAUGUGACAGCGCCGCGAGCCUCGAGCGCAGGCGGCAACAGGCCCCGGCUCUACCGCCGCAUGCCCAGCAUCGAGUCUGACGUCUGA